UGUAAUGACGCGCGUAAUGUUACGUAAAUAUAAUGAUAAAUGUAAUGACGUGUGCCUAUGAAUGGCAAUGUGAUGUAAUAGUUGAAUGUACUGCAAUUGUUGUAAGGGGUAGUGAGGAUGAGGCACGAAGUAGUGAAGAAGAGUGUAAGAGGAAGAGCAGUGUGCCUGGCGCUCGUGUUUACACUGAGGACGGCGGGACACAGAUGAAAUAGACAGUGAGGUAUGGUAGUGGACGAGGCCACGACCUGAAGGUCAGCCGUCAUAGCUAUGGGCGGGUAUCGCCUCAAGCCAAGGGUGGUGGGACAAACAAAAGGCGACUGGCCGAGUGAAUGGACGCUAUUCCCCUGCAGCGGAUGGAACGGGGAAAAGGGAGCUGCAAGGAUUACAGACCCAUCAAUGCCGUAAGUUUACAUGAUUUGUAUAAUUAGCUGUUAGGAUACAGUGACACAUUUGUUAUACUCGCCUUGUCUGUAAUCGAUUAUCUUGUGAUGCAUUAUUUGAUACGUGAUAAUUGAAAUGUAUCGCUUAUAUCUCACACGUUUACCGCAAUUAAAGUGAGUGAACGACGAGGUCUUGUGUGGUUAUUCCUGCUCAGUCGUAGCGGCGACAACAACAAGCAUGGGUGUGAUGCAGUGUGUCUGAACGUGGCCACAGACACCCUGCCUACACCUGCACCAGACAGACGCUAAUAGUUGAUAGUUAGUAAUGCAAGAAUCAUUUUUCUGUCGUCGCUCCAGCCUUGAGAAAUGUUAAUGAGAGGGGCGACACUCAUGUGGAGCAGAUCGCGUCGCGUCUGGGAGCCGCCCAGUAAUUUGCUGUGAAUCCCUAGGCGUCGCUAGACUCAGCGGCCUCCUGCGCGGCCAGGACUCCCAAGGAUAUAUAGUGUGCGGGGCGGGGGCGAGACGCACAUCCUCGCCGGCCAGCGCAGCGCUAUAGUGAGGGGAGCUGCGCCUUCGGUCUGGACAUGAGGAUCUGGCUGUCCGCCGAGCCGUGGCCUGGCGUCGCUCUCGUCCUCCUCCUGGCGAUGAUGUCGGCGUCGUCAGGCCCUGACUAUUACAGCGUCCCCGACCAGGACAUCCUCACCUAUCUAGCCGAGGAAGACACCUUCAACAACUCCAGCUCCGAACCCGACAGUCCCUGCCCGCCGCACGCCCUGCUGGAGGCCCUCUUCAGGGAGUACACGUCCGUGCCGCGCUACUUCCUCACCGUGGCGCGCCACGACGCCUGCCGCGGCCUGAAGCUCGACGCCCAGGGCAUGCCGCAGCGGGACUACUCCGGCUACCAACCGCAGUGGCUCGAGGACGCCACCACGGCCGGGGACUGUCCGUGGCACCUGGUGCGGAAGGAGUUCAUGCACGGCACCCUGCCCGCCGCCAUCCUGGAGGUGAGCUGCCUGUGUGACGGCCUCCGCUGCUCCGUGCAGGGCGACUUCCGCUGCACCUCCGUGACCCGCCAGGUGACGGUGUGGAGCAGCGAGGCCUCGGGCGGCGCCCACUACCUGCCGCGCUACCUGGAGGUGACCACCGCCUGCGUGUGUGCCCAGCGCCACGCCCUGCAGGGCGGCCACGUCCACCCCGGCCCCUAGGAGCAGCAGCACCCAGCCGUCCCGGCCGCCGCUACUGCUCGCUGCUGCCAGCCUGCGCGGGGCUACGUCGGACCAUAGGGUAGGCAGCCAUUGUCACAUCUCACAAUAAAGCAUCGUCUUUCCUCACCUCUCUGGGCACGUGUAGGACCAAUGUGGUCUGCCAGUGUAAGGUAAAAAUCUCUGGAGACAGUAAGGGGCCAGCUGUGCCUCGCAUGGCAGAAAAUUAUCAUGCUGAGUCGGCACUUGUGGCUGCCACUGAUCCUGGCACAAUAAAAAGACCUCGUG